AUAGACAACCUAUCUAAGGAAAUGGUUCCUCAGAUUUUCAUGAAGAAGUCGUCUAAGAAAAUUGGAAUUCUAUUGGUAAUAGAAGCGAGGAUCUCAAGGAUUUAUUGGAGAGAUAAUUAGAAGGCAGUAGCAUUGCUCUUUCAUCCCCAAGGCUUGUAAUUCCAGCUGCUAUAUAUGGAUUCUGGAUCCUGUCACAUCGGUAUGAUGGUGACUUGUUUGAUUUUCAGGUAGAUUGAGAAACACUAUCUUUGCUUAUGGUUUUUGGGAUUGUUCCUAUAAUCCUAUUAGUGUCAAAAUGGCAGAUAAAUUUUUUUCCCUUUCCAUUUACUGCAUAGUUUACUACUUUUCGCAGCUUGUUAUUUGUGAUGUUUGUGUGUAAAGCUUCUGCUCUUGUUCAAGUCUAUAGAGACAAUGAGGACCUGAAUUUGAUCUCUCCGGAAAAUGAAGGUUGAAGGAGGCUCUAGUAAGUAUAACUCCAUAUUUUCUCUAGCAUCCGAAAAUCGUUUAUUGCGACUUGCAUGUACAUAUAAAGUUGCCUCAUUGCUUCAAGUGCAAAGAUGUCUCUGCAAUGGUCAAUUUCAUCAAUAAUGCAUCAAAAAUCAAUGAAGUCAAUAUUCUAAUAUAAUAAAAUUGUGAAUCAUUCAACUUCAGCCCCUGAUCUUUUACCUGAUUUUAGUUUUUAGUCUGUCCAGAUUUAUGGUAUACCCUAAAUGAAUGUAAAAAUGAUUAGAUUACUUAUUUCUCUUUUUUUUUAACUCACCACAUGAUACCGGCCUUUCCCCUUGGAGGAAACACCGCCUUCGCGGUAAGAGCCGUCUCACUCUUCCGUCUAAACAGGCUCAAUUAUUUUUAACUAAAAUAUGUUUUCAGAUAAGAAGCAAAGUUUAACCAGUCUACUUCACAAGAGCGCAAAACCCUAGGUCCAAACUCAAAAUGGAUCUCAAGGGGGGAGCAACCGUAUGUCGCCAGUGUCAAGUGCUGGAGUCUAUGUAUUCGAUGAUCGCGUUGAUUUUCAUACUCGUCGCUUGCGUGGAGCUCGGCGACGCCGCCACAGUCGUCGACGUUUACCGCCUCAUCCAGUAUGAUAUUUCAGGCGUCCCUUUCGGAUCUCGCCUCGCUACACUUAACCACCCGGCGGCCUCCAUGAAUUUCUCCCCUGCUGCCGAUAUCUCACGCACAGUCCUCAUGAUUCCCCUCCGCGAAUUGAACAUCACCUUUUUGAGAGAAUUCAUUGCUCAAAGACGACCACUAGGGGGCUUACUGUUUUUCCUUCCCCAGAUGCUUAAUUUUGAAAAAAGAGGCAAUAAAACGGGUAAUUACCAAAUUUAUGAAAUGGAGCUCUUGAAGACUGUACUGGCAAAGCUUGAACGAUUAGUUGUUCAUGCCAAUAUACCUUAUCCUGUAUACUUUGCUUUUGAGGAUGAUGAUAUUGAUGCUGUAUUGGCUGAUUUAAAGAAAAAUGACGCCACUGGACAGCCGGCUACUGCAACUACUGGCGGAUACAAGCUCAUUGUAUUAGCCCCAGAACCUAAGAAAGUUGCAUCUCCGACCAUCAUGAACAUUCAGGGGUGGUUGCGAGGGUUGAAGGCAGAUGGAGAUACAAAUCAACUCCCAACAAUUGCUAUAGUAGCAUCUUAUGACACAUUUGGGGCUGCUCCUGCAUUAUCAGUUGGAAGUGAUAGCAACGGUAGUGGCAUUGUGGCACUUCUUGAAAUAGCACGUUUGUUCUCUCUUCUCUAUUCAAACCCUAAGACAAGAGGAAGGUACAAUUUACUUUUUGGGCUAACAUCUGGGGGACCAUACAACUACAACGGAACCCAUAAGUGGCUGCGAAGCUUAGAUCAACGUUUGCGUGAGAGUAUUGAUUAUGCUGUUUGCUUAAAUAGCAUUGGUGCAUGGGACGAUAAACUGUGGAUUCAUGUUUCCAAACCUCCUGAAAAUGCAAAUAUCAAGCAAAUCUUUGAAGGUUUUUCCAGUGUGGCAGAAGAGCUGGGUUUUGAAGUAAAUUUGAAGCACAAGAAAAUAAACAUGUCAAACCCUCGAGUAGCUUGGGAGCAUGAACAAUUCUCGAGACUAAGAGUUACUGCUGCUACCCUUUCUGAACUAUCUGUGGCAUCUGAAUUGUUAGAGAGCGCUGGAGGAUUGUCUGAUAGCAGGCCUUUUGUGAAUGAAAUUGCUAUCAUCAGAAGCAUCAAGCUAGUUGCUGAGAGUAUUGCAAGACAUAUCUAUGGUCAUCAGGGAAAGAACGUGCAAAUCUUUGCAGAUGAGAGCAGUUUGGCUGUCAACCCUUCUUAUGUGCAUGCAUGGUUGGACAUUCUGUCACGUACCCCUCGGGUGGCUCCAUUUCUCUUAAAGAAUGAUCCACUCGUCAUGGCACUGAAAAAGGACUUAGCUGACCAUACUGAUGAGGUGAAUGUGCAACAUGAGGUGCUUGAUGGGAUGUUCACUUUCUAUGAUUCAACCAAGGCAAAGCUUAACGUAUAUCAGGUUGCGAGCGUGACAUUUGAUCUGUUGUUGCUUCUGGUGUUGGGAUCAUAUUUGAUUGUGCUUUUUAGUUUUUUAGUCAUUACAACUAAGGGUCUUGAUGAUCUGAUCAAUUUAUUCCGGCGACCUCCAUCACGCAAGAUCAAAACAGCUUGAUGUCAAUGCAGGUCAUGUGCUAUAGAUCUCUGUUCAUUACUGAACAUUACCUCGCAUAGCCUAGAACGUUGUGUCAUGGAAUGUAGUAGUUCCUAUCAUGUUUAGGCACCAUGAGCAAUUAUUUUCCAUCGUCUGUCCUAGGAUUUUAGCCUUUCUGAAGUUCUGCCAAAUUCGGUCUUUUUUUAAUCAUGAAGUUGUGCCAGCAAUUUUGCUUUAAAUUUUGGGACGUCCUUUCAUCGUGGCAAUAGCUUACACAUUUUUUUGUGCAAGCACCAACAUAUUUCUUGAAUCGAGAAUGGGGAAAUGGUGGACGAUUUUUUUUU